AUGAAGCCUCCAUCAAGAAAAAGAAAAAUAACUAACAGAGGUAAAGAUUUACACAUGGAAGAAUAUUCUCGAUGGACACUUUCUGAACGACAACGUCUAUUAAAAGCACUUGAGAAAUACUCACCGCAACAAAGUUCAGAAAUUGCAAAAAUGGUAUCAACAAAAUCAGAGGCUGACGUGAUCUACUACCUGUCUAAACUGAAACGUAGCUUGAAGUUUAAUACAGUUGCAGCAGACACAUCAUUACAAAGAAAAUACCUUAAAAAUAUAGAGACGUGGAUCCGAUUCACUCAUCGACUUGUUGAUGAUGAUGAAGAAACGUACACUACUAUGAUUGGAAAGCUACUUGCCUUGUAUGGAGAAUAUUGUUUUAAGAAAAAUGAUCCGAAAACGGGGGUCAAUUUUAAAUCUAUUUAUGACUAUCUUGCUGCUUUGAUGCUUGGAGUCCAACUUCCAGUGCUAGCACCAUUAGAAGCUGCUUUAAUUUUGGACCUGUUGAAGAAUGUGGCAUCAUUUUUGGCUCAGUCUGACAUCACUCUCCACAAGAAAUUUGUUCUCUUUAAUUAUAAAAAGUACAUGUAUCCUAAUUUGGCAUCCUCAGGUGAAAAUGAACAGUCUAUCUUGAAAAAGUUGCUUCAUGAAGCUCUACCACCACCUUGCUCUACACCUUCUUCAUCAUCAUCUCAGCCUGUUGAAAUGAUCCCAACAAAUUUUCAACGAGAAUAUGAAGAAAAUAUUUUAAGUGAUGGUACAAAAGCUACAAUUGUUCACUUGAGACGAAUUAACACUCGAAGCAAACAGACCAAAUCAGACACCAACAUUCAAGAAUUGGACUUUUCCAAGAGUUCCUUGAUAAGUGAAAAAAUUCCUGCUGCUUGCAUGAAUAAAACACCAAAGAAUUCUUCAGGAACCAAACAGCCAACCAGUAAUAUGAGUGCCCCUGCAUCUGCUGAAGUAUCCAACAAUAGCAGUAGUGACCAGGUACCAAGCCAGACCAAAGUCCUUUUGUUAUCUAAUGCUAAUACACUCCUCUCUUUUCCAAGUGGAGGAACAGUCCUCCAAGUUCCAUCUGGAGACACUGUUCUUCAUUUGCCAAAGGGAGGCACAAUCACAAAAGGGCAAGAUAGUACCAGUGUCUCUCAAUUGUCAAGUGGGAGCACAAUCCAACAAGGACCAGAUAGUGCUAAUCUUUCGGAUGAACCAAAUGACUCUUCUGUCUCUCAGGAUCCAUCUAGAGAUACUAUCCAGAAAAGAUCCAUUCUCCUCCAGGAUCCAAGUGGACACUGUGUGCAGCAACAGAUAGGUCAUACCAAUGCUCUCCAAAGAAUGAACAACACUCUUGUCUCUCAGGAUCCAAAUGGCGGUACUGUCCAGAAAAGGCCCAUUAUUUCCAGUGUUCUUCAGGAUCCAAAUGGAGGCACUGUUCAGCAAGGUGCCAGCAAUAUAAAGGUUUUUCAGGUGGCAAAAAAGAGAUUAGUUGAACAAGGGUCCAGGGAUGCUAGUCUACUCAAGGAGCCAAGAGGAAAUAUUAUCCAGAAAGAUGUCAGCAAUGUCAAGGUCAUUCAAAUCCCAAGCAGACUACCUAAGCAAUUGUCAAGUGGCGCCACUGCUCUUCGGGGGUCAAUUCCACUCUCCCUUUUCUUCUCGCCUUCUUCUCUCUUUCCUUUUUCACCCCUUUUCUUUUUUUCCUUCUUUUCUCUUUCUCAUUCUUUCUCUCACUCUUUUCUUCUUGCCUUCCUCUCUCAUUACUUUUCUUUACCCUAUUUGCCAGUCACAGGGAUCGUUAUAACAAUACCAAGGGGCCCGUUCAAAGGGUGCUUACUCCGAAAGGCUUGUAAUAAUUUCAAUACUCUCACCCUUCGUUUUCCUCUCCUCACGUUCUCUUACUACUCUCUUUCUUCUCUCACUUUGACUACUUUUCUUUUUCUCAUCCCUUUCUCUUUCUAUUUUUUUUAUCUCACUCUGCCUUUCUUUUAUUCUUUCCUUCUUUUCUCUUUCCUUUCUUUUACCUUCCUUUUCAUUCCUUUUUCUUUUCUCAUUAUUUUCUCUUUCCUCUUCCCUUGA